UUUAAAAAAAAUUGUCAUCCGCUUACACGACCUCAGCAGCAGCGCUGGUGUCACAGCUGACAUGGAGAAACCACAUGAGAUACAUGACUAAAGAUUUCUCAAAUUCAGCAAUAUCGCUAAAUGAAGAUAGAACCUGGAGUGUAGAUGGAAUUAAGGUUAAGAUAUGGUGUCAGAAAAGUUGAAGUUCUGCUAAGAACAGAAAAAAAGAAAGAUGGGUCCAUCUAGAGUUUUUUCAAUUCUUCACCAUGUUGCUGCUUUUUCUCCUAUACACAGUACAACGGCAUUAAGACAUUCCCUUUGUAAGCCUUCUGUAAAUCUGCGCUAUGCCUCCCUCUGCACCCUCCAACAGACCAGAUCUCUUUCAACAGAGACCGCCAUAAGCCAUCACAUUUCAGACCUGACUGACAGGGAGAAAAGACUACUAACUAAACUUUAUGAUGGACUUAUUGGGGGUCGAAGGGCAGCUCUUGCUGAAUGUAUAACCCUUGUAGAGACCCAGCAUCCGAGGAAGAAAGAGUUAGCCCAGGUUCUGCUUCAAAGAGUGCUGGCCUUCCGUCAGGAGCAGGAGAGACGCAGCGGUGGAAAGCCAGUGGCCUUCAGAGUUGGACUGUCUGGUCCUCCUGGUGCUGGAAAGUCUUCAUUUAUUGAAGUCAUCGGGAAGAUGCUGACAGGAAAAGGACACAAAGUGUCAGUACUUGCUGUGGAUCCAUCUUCUUGUACAACUGGAGGUUCACUGAUGGGGGACAAAACACGGAUGACGGAGCUCUCCAGAGACAUGAACGCUUACAUCCGACCUUCUCCCACAUCAGGAACCCUUGGCGGUGUGACGAGAACCACCAACGAAGCCAUCGUUCUUUGUGAGGGUGCAGGCUAUGACAUUGUUUUAGUGGAAACAGUAGGUGUUGGUCAGUCUGAGUUUGCUGUGGCUGACAUGGUGGAUAUGUUCGUUCUUCUAAUUCCACCAGCAGGGGGCGAUGAACUACAGGGAAUCAAAAGAGGAAUUAUUGAGAUGGCUGACUUGGUGGUGGUUACAAAAUCAGAUGGCGAAUUGGUUGUUCCAGCAAGGAAGAUACAAGCAGAAUACACCAGUGCUCUGAAGCUGCUUCGAAAGAAGUCCAAAGUCUGGAAACCAAAGGUGGUGCGCAUAUCCUCUCAGACGGGGCAGGGUGUGCCGGAGCUUUGGGAAACCAUGCUGCACUUCCGGGAGGAGAUGCUGAGCAGCGGGGAGCUCCAAGUCCGACGGCAGACUCAGCAGAAGGUGUGGAUGUGGAGUCUGAUCCAGGAGAACGCUCUCCGCCACUUCCAACAGCAUCCAGCGGUGCGUGCAGAGCUCCCAGAGCUGGAGAGCAGAGUCACGUGUGGAGAAAUCUCACCUGGACUCGCUGCUGACCUGCUGCUCAAAGUUUUCACAGACACACAGUGAUGGAGGGGCUGCUUUAUGGGGGAAAAACUGGUUGUUUUAGGGAUUACUUGAAUGGAAAAAUCAUUGCAAGAUUGAAUCUUACAUAUGUUGCUUCACUUGAUUUUAAAGGAUUUUAAUUACUGGUGACUUUUGAUGAUUAUGUUCUAAUAUUGUCUUAGUGUUAUCUUGUCCUGUAGAUGAGAUUAAAUGACUAAUGUGUUGGAUUUUUUGAGGAAUAUGUACAUUUUGGGACUUGACAAUAAAUUGUAAUUUUCUUCUGAU